UAGGAACUGAAGACAAUCUAGAAACCACAAUGUUCAGGAUGCAUUUCGACAAACAUCUGUUAACUUUUUCUGUGAUCAUCAUUUGUGCCUCCGCUGCUCAUUUCCUUGAUCAAGAGUGGAAUGCAUGGAAAACUAAAUAUGGAAAAAAAUACCCCAAUUACAACCAGGAAUUAUUACGGAGGAAUGCAUGGGAAGCUACCUGGGAAAAAGUGCAGCAACAUAACAAGCUUGCAGACCAAGGUCUCAAAAGUUACAGAAUGGAAAUGAACCAUUUUGCAGAUAUGACCACACGGAAUUUAAAGAGUUGCUUUAAGAACAACAGAAAAUCAACAAUAAGGAAUAUUCCUGCACAAAGUUAUGUAAGGAAUACUAAUAUUCCAGAGGAGGUUGACUGGAGGAAAUCAAACUGUGUGACACCAGCAAAAGAUCAAGGGUCCUAUUGUGGCUCUUGCUGGGCAUUUGCAACGGUGGGUGUGGUUGAAUCACAUUACUGUAUUCAGAAUAAUGAACUUCCUUUGCUAAGUGAACAGCAGCUUGUGGAUUGCGAUGAAAAAAAUGAUGGUUGUUGUGGUGGAUUCCCGGUCGAUGCUUUGGCAUACGUUACCCAACAUGGAAUUAUGAGGAAUAAAGACUAUGAAUAUUUAGAAAAGAAAUAUGCUUGCUCUUUUAACGACGAUAAAGCAAUACGUUUGAAUGUGACAAAAUACUAUACUCUGCCUGGAGAAGAUAACAUGGCAGCAUCGGUGGCAUUUAAUGGACCUAUUACCAUCGGAAUCGCAGCUAGUGAUGACUUUAUGUUAUAUAAGGAAGGUAUAUUUGAUGGAGAAUGUGCUGAAGAGGCAAAUCAUGCAAUAAUUAUUGUGGGCUAUGGGACUGAAAAGAGUAAGGAUGAUGAUGAAGAAGAGCAGGAAUAUUGGAUCAUAAAGAACAGUUGGGGCAAGGAAUGGGGAGAAGACGGUUUUGGAAAAGUGAAGCGAAAUGUUAACAUGUGCAAUAUAGCUGAAGAAGCAGCUUCUCUGGAUUUCACAUUCCACUGAAGAAAUGAAUUAAUUUUAUAUUGCAACAAAUCUUUUAAUGCUUUGCAGUUUUACCCUACACAACCUGUAUGUGUAUAUAUAAAUAUUAUUGCAGCAUAUUUCGGUUAAUAAUUAAAAGAAUUCACGUUUUUCUGUUCUUCUAA